GGAUCAAAUCCUCGCCUUCCUCCGUUUGCUUUUAGUGGUGAUGAACAACACGAUGGUAUAAGAUCAGUCAACGAGCUUGAAUCGAUUCAAUCGGUGACAACAACUUCUCCUACUACUGCAUUUGAAGACGCGAGAGUAGCUGACUCCUUAGCAGAAAUGGAUCGUUUGGAAGCUGGGCAGAAACAAGGAACUUCAUGGCAAUCUACAGGAGCCAUCGCUGGAGCACAAGUACCGCCGAUGGAGCGUGUGGAAGAAUCUGUUGACACGGUGAUCGAAUUAGGCCCUACCUCAACUGUAGCUCCUUCACAAGCGCCAUCUGUUACGGAGUCUCUGGAUCCAAUUGCAGAAUACAAUCGUAAAAUUGUAGAGUUGGCCAGACGACGAAGACUACUUAAGGAGCAAGGCUACAAGGAGUAUAAAAAGAUAAUGUUCAAGAGUGGACGCAAUAUCGUUCCUGUUCGGCUUUUCUUCGACACUGAUCCUCAUCCAGAAAUGCUACUAGAAGAGCCAUUCAAGCGUUCUAUCACUUCUCCAGCUGAAACCGAUAAAAACACUAAAAUGGUGGCAAGCGCAGAAAAAACCUUUGACGGUGCAGCUGCGACGAAGAACCAACUGCAAACGACAUCCAAGCAAGCGCUACUGCUCAGCCCGGAAUCACCUGCACCGUCCACUGUAGCCAUUACUAAAAAAGGUUCUGUACCCGUAACAGAGCAGAUUCUGAUCACUGGUGUCACGAAGGGCGUAGAAGAUAUUGAUGGAAGUGGAUGGCCACCCACUACAACCAUAGGGAGUGUAUUAGACGCACAGGAAGAGCUUCUUACUGCCGGUCUUCACACUGGUGAAGUAGGAAAAACGACUCAAGCACUCACUUUGAAACCUAAACCGAUAGUUUCGGGAGAAGUGGUGGAAAGCGGUGUUACCGCAUUUGAAGCAAAUCCUCCAGCAACAAAAAAAUUUAGGGGAACCGCAAGUUCUGAGACAAAUCCAACAUCAUUUUCGGGAAGUGAAAGCUCUGCAAGACCAGGUACUUCACUAUCAACAUCCGAAGCGUUUGAUCUGACCUCCGCAAAUACUGAUGUGAAUAUAUCGCGAGACAAUGAGGAACAGCUAACAAAUGUUGCUACUGGCCCAGUGAGUUCAAAAGGCUCAACAUCAUCACCUAGCAUGACUACUGCUAUCAAGACUAUACCCGUUGCUGUUUCUCAAGCUAAAAUAGAUUCUGAAGUGACUACCGCUCUUCAGGGCGGAUUUGAUGAGCGAUCAUCAAGUAGUAUUGACAUUACUUCGACUACACUCAAUAUGAAGUCUCCUGUCGACAUUACAACGGAUGCCGAGAAAACUUUUGAAAGCUUGAAGUCAAAAUCCGGCACUAAGGCUCCAAAGAAAAGUGGAACCAAGACCUCUGCCAGUGACUCAUUGUCACAGAUUUCCGGCUCCGAGCAGUCGACGAAGAUUACGACUGGAGCAAUCAGUACUGACGGAGAAUCUUCUGAAUCUGAAAGGGGUUCACAACUGGCAUCCGAAAGUCAAUCUUUAGAAGCUGGUGCCAAUUCGCCAACAUCCGCAGAAGGCACUUCUUCCGAUUUCGCUACUAGUGCAAUGCACUCUGCAACAUUCGACGGCAAAUCGUCCACAUUGGACACUGAUGCUCCUUCAACGUUCGAUAGCAUAACUUCAGAUCUUGCAGCAAAUCCCCAAACAACGUCUGAUUCGCAGUCGUCUGUAACCUUAACAAAUCCAGCCACAUUCGAGUCAGAAAUUACUAGUGAUAUUGUCAAUACUGAGAUACAUUCGCCUACUACUCUUGAUGCAGUUUCGACUGAUAUUACAGCGGACGCACAAAGCUCUCUUGGUACUUUAUCGUCAGAAUUGGUUCCAACUGAUGAACCCACGACAUUUCCUGAAGAUAUCACACGCUUUGGCAAAAUGAUUGAAGUGCGACCAUCACCGUCCAGUCAAAAAGUCGAGGAACCACUAGAGAUGAUAGCUUUGCCUAGAGAAGAAAGUAAGUUCACAUGA